UAAGGGAGUUGAAAGAAACAUUUAAUUAUACAAUGAUGCUAAAACAAUUUUGGAAAAGAAAGACACUCCUGUAGACUAAAAAGAACUUGGAGGGAUAAACUUGAAAUAAGAAUCAACUUAAGAAGAAUAGAUGAUUUUCUGACCUUGGCACACUGACAGAGAAUGAGGUGAAAUGUUCAUCUACUGUAACAGCAUGGCAUUCUAGAUCAGUAUCUGAGAAACAAAAACUAUGAGCCAGAAAAUGAAACCUGGUUCUUCAAAAGGGGACGUCUCCUAUGUCAGGGCCACAGGUGCAUCUCCCCAGCUGCCUAUGGCACCUUCUCCUUCCCUGAUGAGAGAUGGCAGUCAUACUCCCGUGUCACAGAUGUCCAACAUGGACAAUGAUUGGGAUGACCGGGAUGAGAUUCGUCAGCGAGAACUGGAGGAGGCCAGGGGCCGGGUAUCACAGAUGGAGAAGACGAUGAGAUGGUGGUCAGACUGCACGGCCAAUUGGCGGGAGAAGUGGAGCAAGGUCAGAAACGAGCGGAACAAAGCCAGGGAGGAAAACCGCCAACUCCGCGCCAAACUGGAACAGCUAGUGAAAGAAUGUACAGUUCUUAAGAGAGAAAAGCAAGAAAUUCAAGCAGAGAAUGUCAAACUGAAGAAAGAUUCCCCCGAAAGUGUGAGUGACAGUGUUAAAAAAGAGUUGGAAAAUAAUCUUUGUAAAUCUGCUGAGAAAGAAAAGACUUUUGAGGAGAAAAAUGUUAAUGUGCAGACAACAAAUGUGAAUAAUGUGAGUCAAGAAGAGGGAAGCUUAGCUGAGGAAAAAGUGACUUUGUUUGAACUUAAACUGGAUGAAGCACAGAAAACACUUCUUGCUGAGAGAGGGGACAAAACAUCACUAAUGAAGACCAUAGAAAAACUUCAGAUGGAUCUUAGCACAGUGAAACAGAAAUAUGAGGAAGCCAAAAGAUCAAAGCAGGAUGUUUUACUUGAGAUAUCCAAACUGAAGGAGGACCACAGAGGGGAAAUUGAUCAACUUAUUAAAGAUGUUGAUGAGGAGAUUAGUAAUAAGUCUGUGGUGGACAAAAAACUUAAUGAAGUCCGAAAAGAGCUUGAGAGGCUUCAGAGAGAAAAUGCUGAUGAGUGGGGUAAGAGGGAGAGACUAGAAUCUGAGAAGCUGGCCUUGGAGAGAGAAAAUAAGAAGUGUAGAGGGCAGAUCCGGGACCUAGAGGAACAGUUAGAAAGCAAGAAACAGCAGACCUCAGCAGUGGUGGACUCUGAUGUGAGAGGCCUACAGCAGGAUCUGAAUGACAAAACCAAGGAAUUAAAUGAUCUUCGUCACGUACAUGCCAAAUUGAAGAAGACUUUCCAAGAAAGACAGACAGAUUUGGAUCAUUCCCGACGGAGAGCUGAGCAGUAUGAAAUGGAGGUCAAAAAACUCCGGACUCGGAUAGAAGAACUGAAGAAAGACCUGGCAAACGCUGAAGAUGAGGCUGAUAACCAGGCAAAUCUGUAUCGCAAAGUACAGCGCACCAAUGACGAAAUGCAAGAACAAAUAGAAAAUUUACAGGUCCAACUCAAUCACACACAGAGCAGGUUAAAAAGAAGUAGCCAGAGUGGGAUUAACACAAUGUCUGCCAGUCUCAGAUCCCUAGAUCCCACCGAUCCUGAAAACAAUGACAGUGAUGAGGACGAUGUGUACUAAUGUACCUGUAUAUAGAAUCCCUACAACCAACAGAUCCUAUAAACAAGGAGCAUGUAAUGGAUAGGAUUAGCUGAUGACUGAGCUGCAGCAAGAUUUUUCUGUGCACAACUCACAUGUCAAAAUAGCUCUUGGUACAGGGGUAUGUCUGUUUGGUCUGUUUGAUGUUGAACAUCUCAAAUGUCAAUAUAGCUCUUGGUACAGGAGAAUGUCUAUCUGAUGUUGCAUUGUUUUCUUGCAAAUGUUUUCACUUGCAUUUCUGUGCUUAGAGUAUGGGAAUGAGUGCACAACAUGUAAAGUCGUGUUAAUACUAGGUUGUUAUGUACUCAUGUCUCUCUGUGCCAACUUGAUUGACAUUCCAUGUUUUUGAAAAAGCAAUAUACAUUCAUACUUGUUCAGUUGUAAAGUGUUUUCAUUGAUUGUUCAUCCAUUUUUUGUUGCCUCUUUUUUCAUGUCUUCAUCAUUUUCGUCCCCAUCCCUCCCCAAGAAAAAAAUUUUAAAUCUUUAAUUUCUUCAUUUUCCCAAAAAUUCUGUGUAUGUCAAGAGUAUGAUUCUUUAUACUUCAACAAAUAUCAUUUGUAACAUUCUCCAAAAUCUAUGUGAGUGGGAAAAUUGGAAACAUGCAUUGGCAAAAGUGUAUUUUGGCUCUAAAUCAAAGAUGUAGUAGUCCAGGUAAAAUGUUCUAUAAUUCAAAAUUCCAAUUCAUGCCAAUUUUUUGGAGGUGGUGGGGGUGUUCAUAUUACUAGGAGGUUCAAACUUGACCCAGAGAUACUCUUGAGUAGUAGAUUAAUUAUAACACUGAACCAAGGUCACUUGGAAAAGGUCACGAGAUUAGAAUACAUGUAGUAGUUUUAAUGAAUUGUCCAUGACAUAUCAUGCAACAAGUGUAUUAUAUGAAUUGUCCAUGACAUACAUGUAUUGUGCAGCAAGUGUAAAGGAUCAUUUUGAAGAAUGCUUAUGAUCAAUACAUACUGUGUUUCAUUAUUGUAUACUAAAUAUAUGGAGAAGUUCUAGGCUGCAUGAAAUGGUAUUAUUUUAUUUUUGAAGGGGGGGGGAUGAUAUUACAGAUUUCUUUCAAUGAAAUUUUCAAAUAAUCAUGUUUUAAGUGCAUCUUGGAAGGGGUAUUUUUCUAGUGUAUAUCUAUUUUAGAAUGAGUGAUGAUGUUUGUCUCAGUUUGUAAGCUUUAAUUAUAUAAACAUACAUUAAAAAAAAAUUAAUAUUGUUUAUAAUCACGAUUUAAUAUUGCUUUUUAACAAGGUUUUAUAAUGUUUUCCACAUAUAUCAUAAAAAUACAUAUCAACUAUAAAGUACUGUUUUAUCUGCAUUGUUUUCUGAAUGUUUUCUGAAUUGAUAUUCAAAUCUGUUUUAAAUUUUUUUGUUUAAAAAUUUGUACAAAAAUUGAUUGAAAAGAACAAUAAUGCUGUACUCAGUGUUCUGUUUUAAUUCUUCGGCAGUAUUUUUCAGCUACAUGUAGCUUACAAUUUACUGUGUUGUCAGCCUCGAGCCCCUAGCCUUUAUUGUUGAAUUAUCAUUAUUUUUUUUUCUUUAAUCAGAGAAUCUCAUCUACUUUUGCUUGCCUCUUUCUUUUUGUUAUGAUCAAAGUAAUGAAAAACUUGCUGUUUUGUGUUGCUAGAAAUAUAAAGAGUCAACGGACAAUAUAUGUCACUAUAAGGAGUUUUUGAUGUAAAGAGAUAUAUUUAAUUCAAAAGAUUCAUUGAUACAGUGCACUUUCUUUGUUGAUUCUUUCUCCCAUUUUAGAAAAAAAAUCAAUGAAGACUUCUGUGUAUUUACCAUUUACGAUCAACUAGUACACAUGUUUGAUAUGGAUAUUAUUUUGAAUCAUGUACGUAUAUAAAUGUAAUUUUUAGAAGUGUUGUGAAAUAAAGAAAUAUGUUGCAAAAAAUUAUCAUGUAU